AUGGCCGUGUACACUGACGCAUCACUAUUCGUAAUAAUCUUACUAUCUCCAAUUCUUUUUGUUGCAAACCUUGUUCUCCGUAAGGCACGCGAAACUGGCACAAAACCGUGGCAUCCUGCAGAUAAGGUGGUCCUUAUAACCGGAGCUUCGAGUGGAAUAGGCGAAUCACUCGCAUAUACGUUUUCUCGUGCUGGAUCAUCCGUGAUUCUGGCUGCUCGACGGAAGGAUGAAUUGGAUCGUGUUGCCCAAAAAUGUACUGCACUGGGCGCAAAAGAUGUGCUCGUCGUACCGACAGACGUUGCUUCUGAAGCGGAUGCGAAAAAUCUAAUAAAGAAAACAGGGGAGAGAUAUGGUAAACUGGAUUGUUUGAUAUUGAAUGCAGGCGUGAGCAUGGGAGAGACUUUUGAUACUCUGAAGAACUUGGAUAUCAUUAAGAAGUUGAUCGAUGUGAACUAUAUGGGAUGCGUGAACGUCACUUUUCAUGCAUUGCCGUUGUUGAAGAGAUCACCAAAGUCGAGAAUAGUCGUCAACAGUUCUCUUGCAGGGAUUGCUGGUGUUCCUUACCGAACCGGGUAUUCGGCGUCCAAAUUUGCGGUCAGAGGGUUUUUUGAAGCGUUACGGGCAGAUUUAUGGGACAAAGAUAUCCAUAUAACGAUGAUCUACCCUGGUGUUGUAGUGAGUUCCAUAAAUAAGACGAGGUUGGGUGAUCAACCUUUUGAUUUAAAUAUGAAAGGUGCUAUGACGUCAGAGGAGUGCGCACGUAUCAUGUUUGAAGCUACUUGCAAUGGCACAAAAGAAGUUGUAUUUACCGCGAAGGGGAAGCUCGUAAGACUUCUGGAAGCAUCGUUCCCCGAAUUGACUUUCUUUCUUAUUAAUAGAAUGGCACGAAAGAUGCUUAAAACUUAG